GGGCAGAGAGGAGCCGCAGAUGCGGCCGGCUUUCGGGGGCUGCGCUCCGGCGCCCUCCGGCUCCUUCCCCCGCCGCUUUGGCGCGAGUCAAAGGAGAGGAGGGGGCGCGGGGAGCCGCUCCGCGCUGCGCGUCUGUCCCGCAGCGGCUUUUCCCCCCUCUUUCGGCUCCGAGCAAAAACCACGCAAGAAAGAGCGGUAACUUCAGUGUAUUGAUUAGCUGAAACGCCGGAGCAAUAGCUCGGGUCUCGGGAAGGAAGGACGUUUUCCGGAUGGCUGGACAGUAGACUUCUGUUACUUGGGAAGUUUGUACUGAAGAUGAAUUUACAUCCGUAUAUGCUGCAAAUAAUAGUUUUUGUGCUUGCUGGAAUAUCACAAAGGAUUAUGUACGAUACAUCUGUACCUGUUUCGGUUUCGGCGGAGCUGGCCAUGAUGCUAUGGUUCGUGGUCGGUGCCCUCUUCCCGACGCUGCUCCUGGCUGCACCGCCCCCCAUAAACAAGCUCGCCCUCUUCCCGGACAAGAGCGCUUGGUGCGAGGCCAAGAACAUCACCCAGAUCGUGGGCCACAGCGGCUGCGAGUCCAAGUCCAUCCAGAACAGGGCCUGCCUGGGACAGUGUUUCAGCUACAGCGUCCCCAACACCUUCCCUCAGUCCACGGAGUCCCUGGUUCACUGCGACUCCUGCAUGCCAGCCCAGUCCAUGUGGGAAAUCGUGACGCUGGAUUGCCCAGGCAACGACGAGAUCCCCAGGGUUGACAAGCUGGUGGAGAAGAUACUUCACUGCAGCUGCCAGGCUUGUGGCAAGGAGCCGAGCCACGAGGGAGCCCUGUUCAACGUCUACCUGAACGCGGAGGAGAACAUGCCCGCCGAGGGCCCCAGCCCCCAUCACUACGCCCACCACCAACAGGACGUGGAAGAGCCUCCAGCCUCCAGCCACCACCACCACGAGGAUGAGGGCGACGAGUGACCUGGCCCUCGGGGACUGUCCUUGCAGGCGGCGUGUGCACACGUGCGCGCGCGCGCGCGCGCGCCAGGGAGAGGGCCGGGGCUGGGGAGGGAGGGGGGGCGGUGGCGUCUUUCCUUGUCUUAUAGCUACCCUCACGCUUUGCUCUCCCGCGGCGCCCGUUUCGUGGCACAGGCAGCGCUGGGGUGCGGACGUGGGGCUGGAGUUGCAGGGCAGAGAGAGGAAGGUUCGGAGGUUUCUGAAGCAAAACUACUUGCACAUAAUAGUAAUAAUAUAUUGAGAGAAGCAGGAGCCUGGGCAGAGGGAGCCGUGGCAGAGAGCAAGCGCUGAGUUGGGCUCUCCAGGGGCUGUCUGCAGGCUCAGGAACGUGCUGCGGAGUCCUCGCUGAGUCCUUCUGGUUUUAUUUUUUUUUCUCUCCUGUAAAUGGCUCUUGCUUAGGGUGGGGGAAGGAAGGACGCGGCCUCUCCACGCUCCCGGAGACGCACGUUUCUCCCCGGGGCGUGCGGGAGGGCUGGGACGUCCCUUCUUCCUCCCACCUCGCCUGCCUGCCUGGGGCCGUGCGGGCUCAGCGGGGAGGCGUUGUGCCUCCCAGCGCCCGCCGGAGCCCGAUUCCCCCCCCCCGACACUCCCCCUCCCCUCCCCAUCAUAUUUAGGUAGCUCUUUUAGGGAAUAUUUUGGCCCUGAAACGUGCCUCUGGGGCCUCGCGCGUUGAGGCUGCCGGGCUUCGCCGGACCUCGCAGCCGCGGCUCCCCGCGGCUCGGCUGCGGCCCUGGGUGGGGGGCGAGGGAGCCGCAUCGAGCCGGGGGGCUCUGCGUCUCGUAGCCCGCAGGGGAAGGCGGCGAGCGGCCCCUCUCCCCCAUCUCCCUGCUGCACUUUAGCCGCGGCGGAGGGAGAAGGGGACGGGCCGCGGGAGGUGGCCUCGUGGGGACCUCACGCGGGGCUGUGGCAGCCCGGGGCGGGGGGCGGCCCCGGGCCCCUCCUGCCGCCCCUUCCUCUCUGCUGUAGAAAGCUGAUUUCUUUGGCGCUGUCCUGACAAGAGCUUCCAGCGCUUGUAAUCGAUGCUCCCCGCCCUCCCCCACCUUUUUACAGGUUUUUUUCUUAAAUAAAUUAGUUCUGACUUCCA